AUGAGGAAUCGAGAGAGAGGCCGCGCUGGUGCUUCUGGCGAGGUAUAUAUACGGCUGGAGCUGUCCGCCGAGGAAUGCCGUCCGUCUCAACAGCAGCAGCAGCAGCAGCAGCAGAAGAAGAAGCAGCAGCAGAAGAAGAAGAAGAAGAAGAAGCACACUACACAACAAUCCUCACUGCACCCUCGCAGAGAACCACCACCUCAAACCGCAUCCAACCCAACCCUCGCAAAAAUGGGCUUUUUGGCAGACGGACAGCUCGUCGACGCCGGCCGCUCGGGCUACAACGUGGUGAGCGGCGCGCCGGGCACGCAGCCGCCCAAGGAGGGGCCCCGGCGAUGA